CAGGUGGCUCAAACAGUAGCAUAGGCAUCUCUGACUCUUGCUCAGCGCUCUUCUUCAACUCAUCAUGCCUGACAUUGCCAAGUCCGACAUCUCCCCCAACCUGGACCGGGACAAGAUGUUCUCAGAGCUCUGGUGGCUGAACUACUGCUUCUGUGAAGGCGUGGGCAUUGGAGCCGUGGGGAAUCCCUUCUUUGGCGGAGAGGCUGUGAACAUUUGCCUGCACUCCAAAUGUGAAAUGACGGACAUUGGGGAUCCUUUCUGUUCCUCUAUGCGCGUGUGCCUGUGCAUCACGGACCAGUGCUCUCUCCCUCCAGCCCCGGGCUCGCCCAUCUGCGUCUGCUUCAACAAGAAGCUCGCAGGUGGCGACGGAUGGAGCGGGCAGCAGCUCUUCGAUUGGUCUACCGGCUUUGGAGACACCUUCUGGAUCUACUACAUCUUCUGCCUGGGCUGCGGCGUGACCGCGCCUUCGGCCAACGGCCGUCCUUUGUUUGCCGCGCAGUUCAAAGAGUUGUGCAUCAAGGGAGGCACGAAGUUGGCGACUCCAAUGGAAGGCGGCAAGCUGUGCUCGGCGGUAAGCACUCGCCUUUGCUUCUGGGAUCAAUGUGCCAUGCCACCUGCAGAGGGCGCUCCGAUGUUCGUGUGCUUCAACUUGCUGAACCCCAAAACCGGGGCGAAGCCGUUGGCCUAUGGGUCUUAAGUCUCUUUUCGUGUGCAAGGGCACCAUCCUGAUACUUUUUCAAUCCUGAACUGUCAAAGAUAGCGACCCCUGCAGGCUUUUCAAAACAUCAGUUUGCCGGAAACUCGCUGCUAAAAUGCCCUCCGCGAGGCGGGACCUUUGCUCUUGAAAUGCGCAAGCGAAUAG